AUGGAGGAAACUACAGUUUUAAUUUUAUUAGCUGUUGUUAUGUUAAUUGGAAGUUAUCUUAUUGGUUCAAUUCCUCUCGUUGUCAAUCUGUCAGAGGAGAAGCUGCAAUUAGUUUCAGUACUCGGAGCUGGUAUGCUUGUAGGUACUGCUUUGUCAGUAAUUAUUCCUGAAGGUGUUAGGUCUUUAAUUCAUAAAUCUCACGAAAAAAAAGAUGGGUCUGUAAUGGUGUCUGUACAUCAAGAUGUUGAUGAUAUUCAUGGAAUGAUAGGAAUGUCUCUAGUCUUAGGAUUUCUUUUUAUGCUUGUGAUAGAUCAAAUUUCAUCUAGGAGUAAAGCAUCAAUAUCCGAUUUAGAAAGCUCAAUCAAAGGAGUAACCAAUGGAGCCACAGCGACUAUAGGUUUGGUUGUUCAUUCUGCUGCUGAUGGAGUGGCUUUAGGCGCAGCUGCAAGCACAGCUCAUCACGAUAUAGAAAUUAUAAUUUUCCUUGCUAUUAUGUUACAUAAAGCACCUGCAGCAUUUGGCCUGGUUACAUUUUUGCUUCAUGAAGGAUUAGAAAGAGUUCGUAUUAGAAAACAUUUGUUAAUUUUUUCAGUAGCUGCUCCUUUGAUGGCAUUAUUAACUUAUUUCGGAUUGGGACAGGAAGGAAAAGAAACAUUGUCUUCGGUCAAUGCGACAGGAGCAGCCAUGUUAUUUAGUGCAGGGACUUUUUUAUAUGUGGCAACGGUUCACGUUUUGCCAGAAUUAAUUGUACGCCGAAGCAAUCAUUCCUUAGCUGCCAAUUCAUCUCAUUCGGGACAUGCAUUAGGAAAGUCUGAGUUAGUUGCAAUUGUUGUCGGUUCUCUAUUACCUAGUCUUUUGACAAUGGGCCAGAAAUUAAAAUUUUUAAUUUACAAAACAGGGAUUCACAUCGCUAAAUUAUCUCUCCUGAUUAUUAUUUGUUUACAACAACAAAAUAAAAAAAAAAAAGUGGAAAAAAAAGUUCUUCCUUACAAAUCGAUUCAAAAUGAAUAA